AUGGAGGAGGCGGAGACCAACAACAUUAGCCUGGGCGAAAGAGGUGAUAAUACACCGAGACAGAUUUUCAACGCACCGGGAAAACAAAAAUCCAAGGUUUGGACAGUGUUUGGGUUUUAUAAGACGGCGGGGAAGCUCGACAGAAGCCAUGCUAUUUGUAAACUUUGUAGAGCCUCGUUGACCUACUCCGGGAGCAUUACAAAUCUGGACCAGCAUGCAAAGAGAAAACACGGUGAAGAGUACGGUGAGUUUACUGAGCAGAAGCGUGUAGGAACCAGUGGCAAACAGGCAAGGACGGAGAAUGCCAUUCCUACUUUUUUCCAGCGACUUGGUCAAAACUCAGCACGCGCUAGGGAAAUCACGGCAUCAAUAACACGUUUUAUUGCCAAAGGAUUAUGUCCUUACAAUAUUGUCGAGUGGGAAGGAUUUCAAGAUUUGAUUCAUACAUUAGAGCCCAGAUAUAAGAUACCGUCCCGAAAUCAUAUCACCAACACGUGUAUGCCAGCGCUGUAUGCCCAGGUUAAGAGCCAAGUUGAAGAAAAACUGGCAAAAGCAGAAAGAGUGGCAAUAACUACUGAUGCUUGGACGUCAUGUGCGACGGAGUCAUAUGUGACCAUCACAGCCCACCACAUCGCUCCGGAUUGGGAAUUAAAUGUUUACGUCUUACAGACCCGGGCAUUCAAAGGAUCCCACACUGGGAAGAAUGUAGGUGCUCUGCUGAAACAGGCAUGUGCUGACUGGAAGAUUCUAGAUAAAGAGCCAGCUCUGGUAACUGACAACGCCACAAACAUGGUUUUAGCUGGCGUAGAAGCAGAAAUGACUCCUCACCUCAUGUGCUUUGCACACACUAUAAAUCUGGCCACACAGAAAGCCUUCAAAGUGGACACAGUAGCAAGGUUGCUGGGAAAGCCUGCCAUCUCUGCUGCACUCAUGUCCAGGGAUCUCAGAAGAGGAGAAGAGCUUAACACUCUGAAGGACAAAGACUUCUGUGAUGUUGAAGACAUUGUGAAGCUGAUGGUGCCAGUCAAACUUGUGACGAUCAGCAUGUGUGAAGACAAGCGGCCCACACUCUCAGUGAUUUCCCCUGUCAGAGAAAAGCUUAAAAAGACAUUUGAAGCAGCAGAUGAAGACUCGGUAGUAAUCAGAGAGAUGAAACAAGCAUUCAGAGAGGACUUGGAGAAGCGCUACACUGGCCUGGAGGAUCUGUUCCACACUGCAGCAGCUCUGGACCCCCGCUUCAAGUCUCUGCCCUUCCUAACAGACCAUGAUGCUGAGCGGACGUUCGCAAACAUAACAGCAAAAGCUACAUCCCUGCAUAACAAGGCUUUGGCAACAGGGGAUCCAAUCCAUGGAGGCCCACUGCAGACCACUCCAUGCCAGACUGAACCUGCCCUUGGAGAGCUGGACAUCAGGAUUGAUGCCCCUCAGACCCAACAUGAGCCAGAAGAUGAUCUCCCUCCUUUCAAAAAGAAGAAAAUAUCUGCCUUGGACCAGCUGUUGGGAAAAGACUUUGACGUGAGGAUGGCGGCUACAUCUGUGAGAGACAAGGCCAGUGAAGAAGUCAAAAGGUACAGAGAGCGUGCUUCAUUGCCUCUGGAAGAAAAUCUUCUACAGUGGUGGAAAGAGCAGCAGGACUUGCCACUGCUGUCAUCUCUUGCUAAAAGAUACCUCUGCAUCCCAGCCACUAGUGUGGCCUCUGAACGGGUGUUCAGUACUGCUGGAGAUAUUGUUUCUACAAAACGCAGCCUACUCAAACAUGAGCAUGUGGAUCAGCUCAUUUUCCUGAAGAAAAAUCUGCCCUCCAAAAAAAACUGA